AGAAACUUAUCCAUGCUGACCUUGAUGACCGUGCACUGGAUGCACUCAAGGAGUUUCCAGUGGAUGGAGCAUUGACUGUUCUGAAGCAGUUCAUGGACUCAAACCUGGAGCAUGUGUCCAACAAAUCUGCUUAUCUCUGCGGGGUAAUGAAGACCUAUCGACAAAAGAGCAAGGCACAAGGCCCAGCCUACCCUGCCACUCAUGGCCCAGAUGAAGACAAGAUCAAGGCGAUUCUCGAUCGCACUGGCUUUACCCUGGAUGUCACUACUGGCCAGAGGAAGUAUGGGGGUCCCCCACCAAACUGGGAGGGGAAGCAGCCAGGCUCCGGUUGUGAGGCAUUUGUUGGAAAGAUCCCCAAGGAGCUGUUUGAAGACGAGCUCAUUCCACUCUUCGAGAAGUGCGGAGAUAUCUGGGACCUCAGACUGAUGAUGGAUCCGAUGAGCGGCCAGAACAGAGGCUAUGCCUUCGUUACAUUCACCAACGAAGAAGGUGCAAGGGAGGCUGUGAAACAGCUCGACAAUUACGAGAUCAAAAAGGGGAAGACACUCAAAGUCAAUAUCAGUGUACCCAAUCUGCGCCUUUUCGUGGGAAACAUUCCUAAAUCUAAGGGCAAAGAGGAGAUCCUGGAAGAGUUUGGCAAACACACAGAGGGCCUGGUGGAUGUCAUCAUCUACAGCUCUCCUGAUGACAAGAAGAAAAACCGGGGGUUCUGUUUCCUGGAGUAUGAGACGCACAAGGCGGCCUCUCUGGCCAAACGGCGUCUGGGGAGUGGAAGAAUCAAGGUCUGGAGCUGUGACGUGAUCGUUGACUGGGCUGACCCCCAGGAGGAGCCGGACAAGGAGACCAUGGCCAAGGUCAAGGUUCUGUAUGCUAGAAACCUCACCCAAGAGUGCACGGAGGAGAAGCUGAAGGAGGCUUUUGAAGCACAUGGGAAGAUUGAACGGGUGAAAAAGAUCAAGGACUACGCAUUCAUCCACUUCGAAGAAAGGGAGAACGCGUUGAAGGCAAUGGAGAGUCUGAACCAGUCGGAGCUGUGCGGGUCAACUAUCGAUGUGUCGCUGGCGAAGCCACCGUCUGACAAGAAGAAAAAGGAAGAAAUGCUCCGGAACCGGGAGAAGAGAAUGAUGAACAUGAUGUCUCAGCGAGGGUUCCCGAUGUUUGCACCGGGCUUCGGUGGAGGCCACCGUGGCUAUGCGCGUGGUAUGGGUGGUGGCCGGCCACCGAUGGGCCGUGGAGACUACGAUGUCGAUUAUGAUUACGAUUACGACAUGUACGGAUAUGGAGAUUAUCGAGGUGGCUACAGCGAUCCAUAUUACGACGAGUACUCUAACGACGAUUAUUAUUACGAUUAUCCGGCAAGCUCUCCGGCUCCCCGUGGAAGGGGCAAACCUCCAAUGGCUGGCCGUUCCCGUGGGGUUAUGGGGCCUCGUGGGCGCGGCGGUGGCCCGGUGCCGCUUCGUGGGACUCCUAUGGCCAGGGGUACAGCAACUGGUCGUGGAAUGGCCAGGGGCAUGCGCCGUGGGGUGGGCAGAGGGGUCGCCAGGGGAGCAGGCUUACCAGGUAAGAGGAAGUUCGAUGGAGGACAUCAAAUCCAGGGGGAGUAUAAACGGCGCCAACCAAACAGCAACUGGGGAAGCAAUCCCAUACCGCAGCAGCCACUGCACAACAACGGCUACCGGGGCCGCGGCAAUCACGAGUUCUACAUGGACUCGUACGGCGAGCAUUGGUAGCGGGGCAGUGUGCUCGCGGAGUUCGUCACUUCCGCCUCGAGGUCGGCGUCAUCGGACAUCAACAGUGAGCAGCGAGCCGGCUCAGCUCAGGGUUCGUGCGACCAGAUCUCAAGCGAGUGAACGAAGUGACAACAGAAGACGGCGUCCUGGUCGGGGAGACCGGCGACCGGAAACCAAGCAUUGAGACUGUCCAUCGACAGAGUGGCCAUUCCAUCUCUAGGCCGGAUCAUCUUAAGUGAUCGCCAUUUGGUAUAAACGUCAGAACAUUUUCACUUCAAAAAGCGCUCACUGAAGCAGGCUCCUGUACUGGGUUUGUUGUUCUGAAGAAAGGAAUCCCCAUUUCUAGGUAGUGCAGUCGUGGAAACAACGGGAUUUUGGUUCUUGUUGGCGUCCAUCGCGCUUCAGCUGCGAUAUUGUUUCACGUGUGCUGUGUUGCCGUGCGCUGUCCAACCGUCAUGCAUUUGAACUGUACAUAAUGUGUAUGCGUGCUCAGUGCCCUUUACUAUACUUGUCGCUUACGUGGUGUCUUGCGGCCGCUAGCUGAUUGAUUCGAGACGUCUUUUUUGGCCUGGUUUCUCUUUCCGGACUCUGCCGCUGGCUACAGAUGCGAUUUUUACCUUUAGAACGUUAUCGACACCGAGAACUAUUUCUUUCAUAUGGGAGAGAAUACAUCGGGCACACGGUG